AUGGAACAUUUCAAGAUUGUCGUGGACGACAAGUCUACCAAAGUUGGUGGUCAACAGCGCUUGACGACACCAGAUGACUUCGUCUUACCACUUGUCAUCAGCAAUGGCCUCCCAUAUCUGCAAAUGCAUCCACCAACAGAUCAGGAGCUGAGUAAUCCCAACAUCCCACAUGUCGUACUCACUUCUGAUACUGAUUGGGACCCAAGUGUAUUGGAUCAUUUGGUUGACGAUAUGGAAGAAUGGGCAAAGUCCAUUCCCGACCAUGAUCCUGAUGAUGAAAAACACCUGUUCGAUCUUUUAGGAGUUCUUAAGAAUAAUAAAGCUGUUACUUCUCUUAAGGAUUCUAAACUAGAUGAAACUACUGAUUUCUUUGAGAACUUCAAUUGUGUUCUUCCAACUGAUGGACUGUACAAACAGCACCAUCGAGCGUUCGACAACCACACAUGGUUUGACUGCAACAUGACCGACCUAUUUGGCUUUGACGCAGCACCAGAAGAUUCACCCAUCCCUGAGUGUUUCGAGGUCUACGAAGCUCGUAAGCCCCCUUCAAUACUGUUCAGCCCAGGCCAAUUGGUCAAAUACGAUAUCGAGUCAGCUCCUUUUCGAAUCCUAACUACUAUAAAGAAGUCCACUCUAGACGAUGCUGUUGCUUUCUUUACUGACUUUGUACUGGAAGACGACUUGCUCCAACAGUUGCCAGAAGCGAGCAUGGGGAGAGAUGAUGCUACUAGUGCUCUUCCUCCUGUACAUGAUGGGAACAAGUCAGAUAGAGAGCCCGACCAAACAAUAGAUGAGAUAGCCACUAACAAAUCUAUUUUAGUUUGUACUCUUGGGAUCCUUGAAGCUACUCUAGACUGUACUCUUGACUUUGUUGGGCCACUCGACUUUGAUCUAAUUGAUCGUGGAUUGAGCACCGCUAACAUUCCAAAUGCCACGCUCAUUCCUAAGCAUUGUACUGAUCACGACCAAAGUGUAUUGGACUCCACCACUAUUGGAACUGAAGAAGCUAAGCCAACAUUCAAACAAGUAGAUAGUCAUAAUUGUAAUAGAGCCUUACUCUUUACUACUAUGAACGGCACCUCUGCUUUAGAUUGUGCAAUCGACUUCUUCCAAUCCUUUGGUGCCUAUGCGAAUCCAAUAGAUGGACUCCAUGAAGUCCAUCAUCCACCAACUUCUGAACUAGCUAGACUUGAACAUAGCAUGGAAGAUCCUAUCAACCUGGAUCGCACCAGUGCAACUCAAGUCGCACUGCCAGAGCUUGAGAUCUAUCAGUCUCACAAGCAACCCUUAACUCAAAAGGCGCGCUUUGAGCUGGUUUUGUAUCAAUCUCACAAGCAAUCCUCAACCCAAGAGGCACGCUAUGAUGAUGAUACUCGAAAGCCUGACGGGAGAAAUGGUCCACCACCUUGCAACAGCUUUGAGCAUGGAUUACAACCAACUGAGGUUGAACUGAAGAACCCAAGCUCGGCUGUGAAGUCUCGUGAACGCGAUUGGGAGCGCCGUCGCAGCUACUUUGCAUGGUUGCCCAAGCUAGUCAUCCAGAAGAACUCGGAACACUACUUGGAAGACUCAACUCAACUAGCUACGAUAACUACUAUAGAUAUUACAGUACUGGCGGCAUCCAACUUUGUAUCUACUUCUAGAGCUGGUCACCAAAUCCGAGCCCCGCAAAUCUGCAGCUUCCUACUUGCUGGAAAGCACAGAUGCAGCACACACCAUGGCACUGAAUCGCCAAGCUACAAUGAUAGUAUCAUUGAGCGGUCUCCAGGCCUAUACCACCAAUGUGCUUGUAGCGGAGCUAACCAAAGUCUUCACUUCGAUGGCACAACUACAAUAAGCUCAAGCGGCGAUACAGUCACACAUGGGCUCACUACGACUACAAUCAAUGGUAUAGAUCUUUGUCACUGUACAUUGGCAGUGAGCGACUUCCUCCAUUGGACAUACAUUGAUGACUGGACAACUUGGUCAAUUGGACGGACGCAAUUUGAACAAAGACUACUAGCUAAGACUGAAAUGGUAAAAAUUAUCCACUUAGCAACUUGUCUAUGUACCAACGCUUUCUGCAUGAAGCAAUUGACCACUUCAACUGAAGACCAAAUGGAUUCUGACCAUAUUGUUGCUCAGAUUCAUGGGGAGCAGACAACUGGUCUGCAACCACUGCUCAAAGGCAAUGAGCCACUCCUUGAUGGCUUGCCUCGGCAUAUAACUAAACGGUAUAAGACGACAUUGUAA